CUCCUAAUCUCCUAUAACCGACGGCGACGCAAAAAUUACCGACUUUACAGGAAAGGAAGCCCAUGCCUGCACCCAGUUAAAAAAGUGUACAAAGCAAGUAGAUCCGAUCCGGGAAACCCUCUGGCCGAACUUGAUUUUGCGGCGCAAGAAAAUCCCCAAUUCCGCCCGCCGCCGAGAGAGUCUGCACCGAAUUGAAUUCCGGCCGAUGACGGUCAAAGUCGGGUACGCCGUCGACGUCAAGGAGGACACCGACGAAACAGUCGCCAGCCAAUCCUCCUCAGCCUUCCCGACCUGCAUCAUCCGGCUGGUGGUUCGCUACAGGUACCAACUCAGGUUCGCGUCCAACGAAGGGAAACUGGUGGUGCUCGAAGAUGUGGUCACGCCGGAGCUUGCGACCACCCUCCGGGUCCCGAUCGCAUCCCCUAUCUCGCUCUGGCAAGAGCUCUACCUCGCCGACGCGCUCAAGAAAUCGAACCUGAUCGAGUCCGGGCUACGCGCCGUGCUGCAGCGCAAGAUCGCCGACUCCGCGGAGACGAUAUCGAAGGGGAAGACCGGGAGCGGGGGAGGGUUUGCGAUGGUGGUCAAGGUGGGGAUUCUCAAGGACGAGAUCUUGAGCACGGAGGAGAGAGACAGAAUCGCGAAAACCGCCUGCGGGUGGGUCAAUAGGGACCGCGGCGGCGGGAAGGAGCCGAGAUUGAGGAGCUCCUGAUGACGACUUGCAGUUGUUAGCCGCCGAUGGACUCUGUUUUUUCUUCCUUAUUUCUUUCUCCUUUUCUUCGUCUUGUUCCAUCUUCAUUCUAUUUCUGGGUACGAUUGCUUGGAUUCGUUGAUUGGCAUUCUUUUGGUUAGAUACCGUUCGAGGAGGAAAUUGUAUUCUUGAAUGGCGCACCACCUAUGGCCAUUUUGUUGUUUGUUGAGCCGAUAAUUGAAAAAUGCCAUUCUCUCUCCUCUGUUGGAGAAGAAGAGGAGUUUCCCUGUGUUAUGGGCAGGCUGCCGGCGGCCGCUAACUGCCGUCUCGGCAAGACGGCAAUCUCUGCCUGCUUUACACUGCGUUUAGAGCGGCGAUUUCGUUGGUGAAGUUCCCUGUACUAAGGGGAAGCUGAUUUCCCGAUGCAGCCGUUACAUGUGGGUGGUGGGGGUGGGUUUUCCCGUUCUGCUGGACCGGUGGUUUAGCCAGUAGCAUUAACACGUAUUUCGGGAUGAGUCAGCGUGGUUACUUAAUUUUUAGUAAUCACGGUGGCUAUCUUAAUUUACACCAUUUAUUGUUUCUUUUUCACCCUAAUUUUAAAUUAACGAUGAAGAUUAUA